AUGCGUAAGGGGGAUGUUCCCCUAGUUGCAGUUGUCUUAAUUAUCUUCCUAAUUACCUCUCUAAUUGCUUCCCUAGUCCUAAGUGUCCCCCUAGUUGUCCCCCUAGUUAUUGUUCUUCUAGUUGUUUCUCUAGCUGUCCCUGCCUCCCUAGUUUUCCUUCUGGUCCCCCUAGUUGUCUUGGCUGUCUCCCUGAUUGUCCCCCUAGUUGCCUCCCUAGGUGUCCCCCUAGUUGCCUCCCUGGGUGUCCCCCUAGUUGCCUCCCUGGGUGUCCCCCUGGUUGCCUCCCUGGGUGUCCCCCUGGUUGCCUCCCUGGGUGUCCCCCUAGUUGCCUCCCUGGGUGUCCCCCUAGUUGCCUCCCUAGGUGUCCCCCUGGUUGCCCUCCUAAUUGCCUCCCUGAUUGUCUCCCUAGUUGUCCCUCUAGUUGCCUCCCUAGUUGCCUCCCUAGCUGUUUCCCUAGUUGCCUUCACUCUAGUUAUUAUCUAG